AGCCCCGUCCCUCAGAGUAUCAGAGGUAGUGUGGGCGUGCACUGAGAAUCCUGCAAACAUUAACCAGGUGGUUUUUCCUCGCGCAUUUCCCUCUCAUUUUCCUCCUCCAAGCUGCGCUGGAGAGACUUUCCUGUGCGUCACGAGGAAUCAAAGUAACUUUACCUGAACAAUGCGGGAGCCGAACACCAGCAUCUCUUCGGAUCCAGACCCCUGAAACCUCCACAAACUCCACUCAUGGCCACCGCCUGGCCACCCGCCACAUAGAGCACUUUAUAAGAGAGAAAUCUAACGAAAUCACGGGACCGGAGCUUCAUAAAACGAGCGACCCUCUGUUUGAUCCAGAUGGCGGGACACGAAUGGGAUGAUUGGUUUGAACGGGAGGAAUUGAUCGGGCAGAUCAGCGACAUCCGAGUGCAGAAUCUGCAAGAAUCCAAAUGAGCCGCCGGCAGAGGAAGAGAAAACUUGAGAAGAAGCCAUUCAUCGUGAGGUAGACAGAUCAUAUAAUCAAGCACAGUCUCAUGGGAGUCUCCCCGACGGCCACCAUCUCUAGGCCAGAUGUCUUUUAUUUCGAAGAGUGUACACAAGGUCCAAAGAAACAUCUGACCUUUCCUCCCAAACAUGAAUUGAGAGGGAGGUGGUGCAGAAGAGAACAUUCACCAGAUGGAUGAAUCUACAUCUAGAGAAGUGCAACCCUCGUAUGGAGGUGCGGGAUCUGUUUCGUGAUAUCCAGGAUGGGAAGAUUCUGAUGGCUCUACUUGAAGAACUCUCAGGAUCUAAACUGCUGCAUGGCUUUAAGCCAUCCUCGCAUCGUAUUUUUAGGCUAAAUAACAUCGCCAAGGUGUUGACAUUUCUGGAAGAAAGAAACGUGAAAUUAGUCAGCAUUGAUGCAGCAGAUAUUGCAGAUGGCAAUCCGUCCAUAGUACUUGGGCUUAUCUGGAACAUCAUACUGUUUUUCCAGAUCAAAGAACUCACGGGGAACAUUAAGAGUCAGUUCCCUUCCUCCUCCAGCCUGUCAUCCAUACCCACCAGCUCUGAUUCAGACACUUCCCACUCCAGCACACCCUCAGAUGAGAGAAAACCCACCAUUGCUCCAAGAGGUCAUGGAAGGGUGAUCAAGACCCUCCUGCAAUGGGUCCAGAGACGUACUAGAAAAUAUGGAGUUGCUGUGCAGGACUUUGGAAAGAGCUGGACAAGUGGUCUGGCUUUCCUUGCUGUGAUUAAGUCCAUUGACCCUAGUUUGGUGGAUAUGAGAAGGGCUCUGCUCCGAACGCCCAGAGAGAACAUUGAGGAAGCCUUUAGAACAGCACACUACAGUCUUGGCAUCCCAAGACUCCUAGAACCUGAGGAUGUGAUGUUGAAUCCUCCUGAUGAACAGUCCAUAAUGACCUAUGUGUCCCAGUUUUUGGAGCACUUUCCUGGAAUUGAGGAGAAUGACACGUCAGAUAUUCUGGAGCGAAACAAAGCUGGCACUCGAAUGAGUGAACCUCCUGUUCGGAAUGGAGUACAGAGGAAACGGGAGUCUUAUAUGCUCAAGAAAGAUGUGGUUCAGCCACCACCCAAGAUCUUCAUCUCCUCAGUGUCUGAAGAUCGAGAGCAGAUCACCUCCCCAGUCCUUCCACAGACCCCUGAGGACAAACCUUGGACGAGUGAAGGGUCGUUGGUGGGUUCAAGUCCCAGUCCUGCAAUUGACAAGCCCGUCUUGGAUUUGAACACAGACAUGUCCACCACUAGCUCUCCGCAACCUUCGUUCUCGGAUUCUGCUGUCAACUCGCCCGACUCGUGGAGCGAGGUACUUGGCGAGACUACUAAUUCUCACCAGAUCAAUGAGGAUCUGGUAAGCGAGAGCAGUACUGCUGGUACCGUUGAAGUGACCUCAGAUUUAGGGUCACCAUUUUCACCAGAGAACACGCCGGAGAAUCAUUUGGACCGUGAGCUUUUUAUAGAUGAGGGCAACUAUUCCCUCGGCUCCAUGGAUAGUUUACAUGCCAAAUCCACUGUACCAUCUCAGGAGGACGAUGCUUACAAAUACAUCUUAGAUCUGAAAGAAGAACAAUCUGCUAAUCAUUUGCCCGGCGACGACAUGAGGAAUAAAUCAGAAUGUUUAGAACAAACCGAAACCAAUCCUUUGGAACACCAGGAACAAGUCAAGCCAUCAUCUGAUGAUUCCUCAUGUUUGGAAAGUAACUCAGGAUACUUUCAGGAUAAUAAGGAAGCCGUGACAGCUCAACCUGAAGAUGAGAGUCUACUCACUUCCACUGUUGAUAAAGAAGUGAGUGGAGUUCUGGAAUCUGAAGAUUUCCGGGACAAUGUUGAGUCUUCCAAUACAGAAGCCAUGCAGACGGACACUCUCGAUUUGACGGGUGGACCUGAGGAGAAGCCUUUCAUAUUUGAGGAUGACAGUGAGCCUGAAUGUCCAGUUCUGCAGUACGAGAGGGUUUCUAUAUCAGGAAGUGAGGAGGAUAUUAAACUGAGUGCUGAUCUGGCUAAAGAACCGACAGAGGAACCAGGCAAAAACCUUCCAAAUGGUCAUUCUGAAACCAACGAGAACAGUAACCUCCGUGAUGGGGAACAAGAAGCUGUCUUGGAAAGUGAGGUGAAGGAUGUAGUAUUUCAGGAGCCAGAAGAACCCAUCUCAGAUAGGAGCCAAACAGAAGUUGAGGUUCCUGAUGAAGAUCAAGUGUGUUAUAUGUGUGGAAGUCCCGUGGCAAAAAGCUCAGCUGAAUCAAGCGAACAGGGUGACGAUUGUCUGUCCCAUUUAAACUCAACUGAGAAGGACUGUAAUUCAGACUUGAGACAUUUCAGUGAAUCAGAAGCAGGUGGAAACUUUGAGGACAAUCCAAGGGAAAAGAACAAUGAAUUAAACGGAACUGUAAGUGAUCUCAAGAAUGAGCCAAGAGAGAGUAAAGGUAUUCAUGAAGAUCUGCUUGUUAUAGGUAAGAGCGACUUGGAAAUUGGGUCAGACGGCAUAAGGAGGACAGAGUUUUCCCACAAUACAAACGGUGAAAGCCAAGCUCAGGUUUCAGACAAUACGGAGCCUGGAGGGGCCAAGGAUAACAAACCUGUAUCAGUAGUGGACUCCCACUAUGGCGUUCUGAAUUCUGUCACUGACACCAGCAUCCAUGACGGAGAAAACGACUCUACACCGUCCCAAAGCCCACACAGACUGCGUCCUGAAGUGUCUAGCGCUGAACUACCAUUUGAAGAGGAGACCACCUUUGAGGACUCCAAGUUUAUUAUUGGUGUCCGUGGGUACCCUGAAAGACAUCCUGCAGAGCUACGCCUAUCCCUCAGCAUGACUCCGCUUCAACCGGCACCUCCUAAGCGUUCACUUACUGAAUCAGAUACGGACACCGAAGACACCUCAGAGGACCACGGCAAGGGAUUUAAGUCGAGAAAGGAUAGAGCGGGAUCCAUGCAUAUCCAGGAGCAAAGCCCGUUUGACAGGCACCCGGGAGAAUGGGGCGCAGUGGAGCCUGAUUCACCAGCUGAGCAUUGUGAGCUCAUUAAGACAGAUGACGACCUGACCAGCGCUGCUGCCAGAGAAAACACUGGGGCUCUGAGGGAAGGAGCUGUGACGGAUGCAAGCCAACCUUUGACUACAAUACACUUGAGAAAGGUCAUUGACAUCACUGAAUCAAAGGGACAAAAUGGGAAGGCCUUAGACCGUAGCAAAGUGGACAGUACCAUCAUGAAUAAAAGCUCGGAGAGCAAGACUGCUGCGAGUCCAGAAAGCACAUAUGACACAACCUUGUCCGACCUUGUCUACAUCAUUUUGGCAGCUUGGCUGUUUGUGUACUGCCUUCUUGUCCUGCCUCAGAUUGACUUAAGGACGCUUCCUAAACUCCUCUUUAACACAGAUGAAUGACUGCAAUAUUAACAUACAAGACAAUUAAUGCUCACACCUACAACUCUGAUCACGUCCUUCAAGUUAAGGAAUAGUUCACCCGAAAAUUAAAGUACAGACAUUCUGAUAAAGAUUUUCUUUUGUGUUCAGUGGAACAUGAGGGUGAGUAAAUGAUGACAGAAUUUAUUUGUUGUUUGAGUGAACUAUCCCUUUAACAUGAACCAGGACCUCUGACCCAGGUCUUUAAGGAAUAAAUAAAAAAGAAAAUUGGCCAUAUUGAUCAGCUUAGUUGCCUUUUCGUAUUUCCUUUCACAUCUGCAUACAAAGAAGUGUUUUUUCUCUCUUGGUUGGAGGGUUUUUGUUUUAACUGGGUAAUGUUUUGGAUGCAUAAAGUGCACAUGCAUCACAAUUACAUAACGGAUUAUUUAUAAUGCUUCUGAAGAACAUGCUUUUUGGCCUUUUAUGUUGUUUGCGCAUACACUAUAUGAAGAAAAAGCAUCUGUAAGACUGUGCAACUGUUUGUAUAAAGUAAGUGAAGGUUUUUGGUAUGCUUUAAAGCUAUUAUGCUAUGAGGUUUUGAAUGUAUCUUUUUUUUUUUUAUCACAUUAGAAACACCCCUUUUAUUUUUUGCAUUAUAUAGUAAAAAUAAAGGGUUUUCAGCACAAAUACAUGCUUAGAUUAUAUUCUGCUAACAUUUUUGAUAUGAUAAGGCCGGGGUAUUAUGGUAUAGAUAUAUAUUAAGAAAUAUAUAGGGCUCUCUAAGCUUACAGACACUUUUAUGGCAUCAACAGCACUAUUUUUCUUUUCUUUUUAACUCGAGAGAAGAACUGCCAAAGAUCCAGUUAAAGAUACUGAAACCUAUCCCCAACAUAGUGAACAAAUUAUGAAUUUGCCUAUUAUUUUAAUAAAUCCUGCACUUAAAGUAUAUAUUUUAUGCAUUCUACAAAAUGCAAGAGCGCACAAAAAUCUAACACAUUUAUUGGUCAUUUUACACAUUUAUAAAUACAAUAUAUUGACUGAAUUUGUAAUAUUUUGGACACUGAAGGUGUUAGUGGUGAUUUUUAGGUCUCUGGACUGAUAUGAAUCUCAAAACCGAAGGAUUUAAUUUGAGCCUGUGGGGCCUGUAAUAUGUUGUAAAAAGUUUUUUUCUUAUAUUUUCCUAAAUUGUAAGUUGAAAUAUCCACAGUACAGAACAAGCACACUGGCUGCUGAGUGCUAGUCGCAUGAUCAUAGCAAAUUAAAGUGAACUCUGGUGAAAACCAGAAUGUUAAUGCAUCCUCAUACAUUUAUAAGCCUAUAAAAUAUGUCCAAAAUUGCAAACAAGCCAAACUUUCUGCAUGAGAAUGUGUAUGGGAAGUAACUUGUGUCUUUAACAUUUUUAAAAGUCACCAAGUGAAUCCAUGUCCUGCUUUUGUAAUGAUCAUUGUUACAUUUUCAUGUUUAAAUGCACUGGAGUGCAAUAAAUGAUAUAUCCUUUG